AUGCGUCUGUGUAUAGACCCCAAACCUCUGAUCAAAGCGCUAAAGAGAAAUCAUUAUGCAACACCAACUAUAGAUGAUAUUUUGCCAGAACUAAGCCAAGCCAGAAUUUUUUCUGUAGUAGACUGCAAGGAUGGCUUUUGGCAUAUUACUCUCGAUGAUGAGAGCAGUUUUCUCACAACAUUCGGAACCCCUUGGGGUAGAUAUCGAUGGCUCCGCAUGCCAUUCGGUAUUAAACCAGCAAGCGAAGAAUUCCAGCGGAGAAUGGAUGAAGCUCUAUCUGGUAUACAUGGAAUCAAAGCGAUUCAUGACGAUAUAGUCGUAUACGGUUGUGGAAACUCGGAUGACGAGGCCAUACGUGAUCACGACAAAAAAUUAUCUACCUUGCUAGAGAGAUGCAGGGAGAAAGGGAUCAAAAUCAACAAAGACAAAAUGAAACUAAAAUUGCGAUCCGUGUCAUAUUAA